GUGCGACAAAUAGCCCACCUGUGCCGAGAUGUAGAGGAGAUCGAGGGUGACCUCAUACUGCCCACAUUCGUAGAUGGGUACUACGAUCUGCACCCAGAAUUAAAACGUCCAGACGGUCCCGGUAUCUCAGGAAACGGUGCAGGUGCAGGUGCAGAGGGUACGCUUACGUCAACGACAGCGAAAGGAGCGAAUGCAGACAAGGGUUCCCAUGUGGAGGAUAUUCUAGAUGGACUGUUUGAUUGUACGUAUAACGCUAAUGCGUGGUGUGUGUGA